AUGCUUGCCUUCCUCGAUGCCCUCCGGGCCGAGAACAGACAUACUUUCCUCCAGCCGCCCGCCUCCGUGUCUACGGCGGGGCUACACUGGGCCAAGCAUGCGCUGGACGCGUUUGCGGGCCAGGUAGGCGACGAACAGGCGGCGAGGAGGCUGAGGGAGAAGAAAAGGAAGAGGGAGGCCGGUAGCGGCAGUGGGGAUGUGCUCAAGAUACGGCGGCUGCACGUGGAGGGCUUCGAGACGGGCCAGGUGUGGCAGCAGGCUAGAAGAAUUAUCCAGUCCGCGCUGCAGGCCUCGAAAGACUUGCUGGCAGAGCUGGAGGAGGAUGGCCAGUUGCUCAAAGAGGGAGACGUGAUCGACGACGUGGAUGGACAUCUCAAGAGGGGGCGGUACGAUGAGAAUGCGUCCGACGUCAGCUCGCUCAACGGAGGGGAGGAGGAGGGUGACGACGACGACGCUGUCAAUCCGAACGGCUUGAAUGACGGGUUCUUUUCGAUAGACGACUUCAACAAGCAGUCCCAGUGGUUUGAGGAACAGGACUACAAGGCCGACCCACAUACAGAUCAGGCAAGCGAGGAUGAAGACAUCAACUGGCACGGGGACCCCUUCUCGGAGCCCCAGGGCAAACUAAAGGGCAGAAAAUCCAAUGACGACGAGGAGGAAGAUGGUCUGUCAGGUCUUGAGGACGAAGGGGAUGAUGAUGAUGACGAAGCCGGUCCAACUUUUGGCGACAUGGACCUCGACGCUCCAGAGGGCGCGAGCGACGAUGAGGCGGGCAACUUGGCGGACGGGCUUGAGGGAGACAUGGGCAUGGAUCUUACCGCCAAUGACAUAUUCUACAAGGACUUUUUUGCGCCUCCGCCCAAGAAAGCCAAGAAAGGCGAGAAGCCUAGAAAGUCUCAGCCACAGCGACAAGCAGCGCCUGAUGACCAGGACAUAGAGAGGGCCAUGGGCGACGUGCGGCGCGAUCUCUUCGAGGACAUGUCAGAACACUCUGAUGAGGAGGAUGCGCUCUCAGACGUCUCCGCAGGAGACCCCAAGUCCCGCAGAUCGGCCCAUGAGAGACGACAGGCUAAACUGGCCGAGGAGAUCAGCAGGAUGGAGUCUGAGCUCGUGGCCAAGCGGGCAUGGACGCUUUCCGGCGAGGCAUCAGCUGCCAGCCGGCCGAUGAACUCUCUCCUGGAAGAAGACCUCGACUUUGAGCACGCGGGCAAGCCGAUCACGGUCGUCACCGAGGAGGUCAGCGAAGAGAUUGAAGACCUCGUCAAGCGCCGCAUUAUUGCCGGCGAGUUCGACGAGGUCGUCAAGCGACGGCCUAACGCCGACGUGCCUGCCGACGUGCGCCGUGGCCUGAUCGAGCUGGACGACUCCAAGGCGAAGCAGAGCCUCGCAGAGAUCUACGAGGAGGAGCAUGUCAAGAACGCCAACCCAGACUCGUACGUCAGUGCCAAGGACGAGAAGAUGCGCCGAGAAGAGAAGGAGAUCGAGAAUAUGUGGAAAGAUGUCUCUUCGAAACUCGACGCCCUCAGCAGCUGGCACUACAAGCCCAAGCCGGCCGCGCCGUCCCUGACCGUCGUGGCUGACGUGGCCACGGUCACGAUGGAGGACGCACAGCCCACCACGGCCCAGGGCGUCAGCGGUGGUGAGAGCAUGAUCGCCCCGCAGGAGGUAUAUGCACCAGGCAAGGAUGACAAGGCGGACAAGAGCGAGGUGGUGGCCAAGAGCGGGCUGCCGGUCGCAAGACAAGAGAUGAGCCGUGAAGACAAGCUGCGCAGGCGGAGAAGAGAGAAGGAGAGGAUCAGGAAGGCCGGCGGUGAGACUACAAAGUUGUCCAAGAAGGCGCAGGAGAAGAAGGAUACCAUGGCGGACCUGAAGAAGGGCGGCGUCAAGGUGAUCAACAAGAAGGGCGAGGUGUUGGACAUGGAAGGCAAUAAGUCACAGGAGGCGAGGGCCUCGACCAGUAUCAGCUUCAAGCUCUAG